AUGAGUUCCAUGGAAGUAAGCAAAAAGCCUCAUGCUGUAUGUAUUCCACUCCCCAUGCAAAGCCAUAUAAAGGCAAUGCUUAAACUAGCCAAACUCCUCCACCAUAGAGGUUUUCACAUAACCUUCGUCAACACAGAGUUCAACCACAAGCGAUUUCUUAAAUCUCUUGGACCAAACUCCCUUGAUGGCUUGUCUGAUUUUCACUUUAAAACUAUCCCAGAUGGCCUUCCCAGUUCUGAUGAAGAUGACACCCAAGACCUCAUCUUGCUUUGUGAUUCUAUUCGAAAGAAUUGCUUGGCUCCAUUUUGUGAUCUCCUGAACAAAAUCAAUGAGUCAGCGACUCCCAACAAUCCUCCGGUGACUAGUAUUGUCUCAGAUGGUUUCAUGACAUUCACCAUCACAGCUGCUGAAGAACUUGGAAUCCCUGUUGCACUGUUCUUAUCAAUUGCUGCAUGCGGUUUCUUGGGGUCCAAACAAUAUUCCGUUUUGAAGGAGAAAGGACUUGCUCCACUGAAAGAUGAGAGCUGUUUCACAGAUGGCUUCUUGGACAAGGUUGUAGAUUGGGUUCCAGGAAUGAAAGGUCUCCGUUUAAGGGAUCUCCCAGGCUGCUUUCGAACUACAGAUCCAGAUGACAUCUUCUUCAACUUCUCCAUCGAAGCAAUGGAUAGUGUUCACAAAGCUUCAGCAGUAGUUGUACACACUUUUGAUGCAUUGGAGCCGGAUGUUUUGUAUGCUCUCUCCUCUACACCUCCACCAGUUUAUGCCAUUGGGCCUCUCCAAUUACUACUCAAUCAAGUACCAGACCCUCUCAAAUCUGGAGGGUACAGCCUUUGGAAAGAAGAAACUGACUGCCUCCAGUGGCUAAAUUCCAAGGCGCCAAAUUCAGUCAUCUAUGUCAACUUUGGUAGUUUAGCUGUCAUUACACCUGAACAUCUUCUCGAGUUUGGUUGGGGACUCGCAAAUAGCAAGCUGCCCUUCUUCUGGGUAAUAAGACCUGAUCUAGUACACGGCGAGUCAGCGAUUUUGCCACCUGAGUUUGUAGCUGAGAUUAAGGGUAGAAGUCUAAUUGCAAAUUGGUGUCCACAAGAGCAAGUGCUUAAUCACCCAUCAGUUGGAGGUUUUCUAACACAUAGCGGGUGGAAUUCAACCAUUGAGAGUCUGUCCGCAGGUGUGCCUUUGCUAUGUUGGCCAAUCCUCGCCGAGCAGAUGACAAACUGUUACUAUACUUGCAAUGACUGGGGCAGUGGCAUGGAGAUUGACAACAAUGUCAAGAGAGACAAUGUAGAAAAGCUUGUGAGAGAGUUAAUGGAGGGAGAGAAGGGUAAGAAAAUCAAAGAGAAGGCCAUGGAGUGGAAGAAACUUGCAGAAGAAGCCACUUCUCCACAUGGUUCUUCAUCAACAAACUUAGACAAUUUAGUGAAACAAGUGUUAGUAACAAAAACCUAG